AUGGCAAGUCUCUGGAGGCUGAGUGUCCUGUGAAGUGUGCAAGAAGGCUGAGCUAUGUUUCUCCAAAUCUCAGUGGUCAGACCUGCUCAUGUCUCAGCAUUUCUCUGGGACCAACCUAGCCCAGAAUGGUGUAGAACACAACACAUUCACCUGUCACUUAACUACCAUGCGGCCUUGCACAAAUGGUUCCUGACUGUGUUCGAGGGGAUGUUUUGUAGAAACCUGCCAGGGCAAGUGUUUUGGCACUCCCAGCUUUAACCUUUGUUGGACUUUGUUAUCUCAGCUAUCAUGAUGUGGGCAUCUGCAAAGCUGUGGAAGCUCUGACC